UGCACAUGUCUGCGGGCUGGCGGGCCGGUCAAACCUCAAGUACGGCGUACUUCGCCCUGACACAGCUAAACGGUGUUCAUAAUCAUAGAGUAGAACGUGUGCACGUCUCCUUGCCUGAGUCUCGUCCGUUUCUUGGUGGGCCGGUUAUUUCAGAAAGCUGCCUGCGAAUGACGGGCUACACCUGCUGCUACUGUCACCACGAGAGCCUCACUCUGGGGCAGGCCCUGGAGCAUCAUGGGACACACGCGCCGCCCGACCCGGACAAACCCAGCAGCUACAGCAGGUGUUUCAUCUGUCUGGGCAGGAUACAGUACAGCAUUGCAUACGACCUUGCGGUGGUGGGUCGCACGGGACAUGCUGUUAAACUGAGGGUGCAGAGUAAGAAGGCAGACCGUGAACCACAUUAUGUCGACCUACUGCUGGCUAGCGACCUGAUGGGACCUGUUCCUACCGACACUAAGAAGAAAGAAGUGUACGGGAAGAUGGGCAGUAUGAAUAAGCAUGCCAGGGAGAACUGUUCAGCAGCGCUGGUGGAGCUGCAGCGGGACUUUGUGAAAAAGCAGCCUGCAGCAGUAAAGGAUCUCAUCCGGCUGGUCAAGAUGUGGAAGAAAUCUCGUGCUCCGUGGAGCAAACUCAAGUCCUACUCCUUGGAACUGUUGUGCAUCCACGUCGGUCUCUUCCCUGGGAAUGUGGCCAGUGCAUUCCAGUCAGUAUUGAGGAAGCUCACUGACCACAAGAACAUUAAUGCCUGCUGGAGCUACAACUAUCCCAUAAGCGUGGUGCCCAAAAAACUUGUGAAGAAAAGGCCCCUAAUCCUGGACCCCGCCAACCCCUACAACAACGUGGUUAAAUGUUGUAAACUUGGGCACUGGCGUAGAGUGGCUAAUGCUGCUAAAAAAACGCUGAAAAAAACCUUCUUUACGCCGACCGUCACACUGAGUGGACCAACCCCCGUGACAACAACAGUGGCUCGACUCAUGCUCAGGAAGCUCAAGCGUUUCAUCGAGGGCGUGUCCUGUAUUAAGGGUGCUCUGAAUUGCAGACUUCAUAUUUCGACAGGGAAGAUGGGGAAGAAAAAGAAUAGAGACGGUCCUCAUAAAUGUGGCAUCUGCUCUGACGGCUUUUCCACGGAACGUGGGGUGCAGGACCACAGGAGAGACAAGCACGGCAGCAGUGGUGGUGGAUAUUACUAUGCAGCCUCCUCUCCAGUGACGAUCCCGGCCAACAUGAACACCUUCCUGGACCGCUACCGUCCCAGUGAUGUCCACGAAUACAUCUCCCAACACCUGCAGACGGACGAGUCUUACCGUAAAGAAUGCAGCGACGUGGUGGAUCGUGUGGCCACGUUCUUCAUGGGAAGGCCUGACUUUACGCUCAACAGAUUCAUCAAGGGUGGAUCGCUCGGCAAGGGAACCGCCAUCAAGUCCAAGUCAGACAUCGACUGUGUGAUGUUCACCUCCGAUCUGCCGUCCAUCGACAGUGAUGACUACGAGGAUGAUCUAGACACUCUCCUCGAAUGGAUGGAAGACCAACUGGAAAGCUCCAGCAUCCCUGUGGAGAUAUCUGGUCGCACCGGCUUCGCUGUGAAGCUGAGAGUGAAGACCCGGAAGGCCGGCCACGCGUCUCACGAUGUGGACCUUCUUCUGGCACCGGAUCUACUCGGAGAAUACACAACUCCAAACGGGGUGUACGCCAUGAUGGGCAGGUUGAGGAGUAGUGAGAGGCAGUACUGUUCAGCAGCGCUGGUGGAGCUGCAGCGGGACUUUGUGAAAAAUCAGGAUCCACAAGUGAAGAAUCUCAUCCGGCUGGUCAAGAUGUGGAAGGCAUCUUGCGUGACGGAAUCCAGCCUCACGUCCUACCCUCUGGAGCUCCUCUGUAUCCACACCUGGCCGUCUUACGGGACAGUGGCAGCUGCGUUCAAGGCCGUUCUGCAGAAGCUGAGUAACUUCGGCAGCAUCUGUGCCUACUGGACAGAAAACUACUCCUACAGCCGAGCGCAACCAAUGCUGGGAAAACGUCCCCUGAUCCUGGACCCCGCCAACCCCUACAACAACGUGGCUGACCGCUGUAGGGACUGGCCGGCCGUGGCUCAGGCUGCACAGGAGACACUGAGGAAACCCUUCUUCUCUCUCUACUGA